UAAGAAACUUAGCUUAGAGAAACACAUUCUCUCCAUGUUUAUUGUCGGAGAUACUCCCAAUAAUUCCAAAUUUUUUUACAUCUUCAUCCAAUUUGAUUAUAUAAAUAAUCAAAAUAUUUAUCUAAUCUUUUAUAUUGUAUAGUAUUAAUAUGUACUUAAUAUUAUGGUGCUUAUUUAUUAACCAAUCUAAUUUCAUUUAUCUUCCUUCUUCUUCUUCUUCUUUGUUCUUCCACAUUUUUUUCAAUCAAACUCCCCUGACCCACAAGAGCCCACCUCAUGUUAUUCAUUCAGCAAUCAUGAAAAAGUAGUUACACUAAAAUUAGUGUAAGUAAUUAGUAGAAGAUCACUUAAUAACAAUAUGCAGCUUAAACUUGAGUUGGCAUUCUUGUUGUUCUUCCUCUUUUACUGUUACAUUGGUUGUUACUACACUAUCAGUGCCGCGAAUCUCAGUGAUGAAGCCUCUGUCCUGUUAUCGAUUAAAUCAAGCUUAGUCGAUCCAUUGGACCGGCUACACGACUGGAAGUUAUCAUCUGAUGUAAAUGAUUCAGCUCAUUGCAGUUGGACUGGUGUCUACUGCAAUGAGCUAGGAUUCGUCGAAAAGCUUGAUGUUUCCCACAUGAACCUCAGUGGGAAGAUUUCUGAUGAGUUUCAACAGCUGAAUUCACUGUCAUAUUUGAAUUUAUGCUGUAAUGGGUUUACAACAUUGUUGCCAAAUUCUAUCACAAAUAUCACAUCUUUGAAGUCCUUAGAUGUGAGUCAGAAUCUGUUUUCUGGGGUUUUUCCUUUGGGAUUUGGUAAGUUUGAUGCAUUGACUUAUUUGAAUUGUUCUGGAAAUAACUUUGAGGGUGAUCUUCCUACUGAUUUAAGCAAUGCAACUCUCCUCGAAACUCUUGAUCUUCGAGGAAGUUACUUUGCUGGAUCAAUUCCUGCUUCUUACAUGAACUUGCAGAAUCUGAAGUUUUUAGGCCUGUCAGGAAACAAUUUGACAGGCAGAAUACCGCCUCAGCUCGGGCAUCUGUCAUCUUUAGAAACCAUGAUUCUUGGGUAUAAUGUGUUUGAAGGGAAGAUUCCUAGAGAGUUUGGUAAUCUUACCAAUCUCAAGUACUUGGAUUUGGCAAUUGCUAAUCUAGGCAGCGAAAUCCCAGCUGAAUUAGGUGGGUUAAUUCAGCUGGAUACACUUUACUUGUAUAAAAACAAUUUGGAAGGAAAAAUUCCUUCUACAAUUGGUAAUCUUUCAUCCUUAGUUUCCCUUGAUUUGUCUGAUAAUUUACUAUCAGGGGAAAUCCCAGCAGAAAUAGGUGAACUGAAGAACUUACAGCUGAUAAACCUGAUGUUUAACAAGUUAUCAGGUUCAGUCCCUUCUGGGAUUGGUAAAUUGCCUCAGUUGCAGAUUCUUGAGCUCUGGAAUAACUCGAUUUCCGGCCCUUUGCCUAGUGAUCUUGGUAAAAAUUGCCCCUUGCAGUGGCUGGAUAUUUCAUCCAAUUCAUUUUCUGGUGAAAUUCCGAAUGGCCUUUGUGAUCAAGGUAAUCUCACUAAGCUCAUUCUGUUCAAUAAUGCAUUUGAUAGUUCUAUACCAGCUAGUUUGUCUAAAUGCAACUCAUUAGUUCGUGUUCGAGUCCAUAAUAAUCGCCUUUCUGGUUCUAUUCCUUUGGGUCUUGGGAAGUUACCUAAGCUUCAGAGAUUAGAACUGGCUAAUAACAGUCUGACUGGUAGCAUUCCUAAUGAUCUUGCUUCUUCGCCUUCUCUGUCGUUCAUCGAUUUAUCAGGAAACCUCCUACAUUCUUCUCUGCCCUCCACAAUUCUGUCCCUUCCUAAUCUCCAAACUCUCAUGGUCUCAAAAAACAAUUUAGGAUGUAAAAUUCCAGAUCAGUUUCAGGACUGCCCUUCACUUUCUGUUCUUGAUCUCUCAUCGAAUCACUUUACUGGUAUGAUCCCAAGCAGCAUUGCUUCUUGUCAGAAACUAGUCACUCUAAGCUUGAAAAACAACAAAUUAAGCGGUGAAAUUCCUGAGUCUAUCGCAAUGAUGCCUUCAUUAGCAGUUCUAGACCUUUCCAACAACACCUUAACAGGCAAAAUCCCGGAACAUUUUGGUAGUUCACCAGCUUUAGAGAUGUUCAAUGUGUCACAUAACCAGCUUGUUGGUCCUAUUCCAUCAAAUGGUAUACUUAAGGCUAUCAACCCUGCUGAUCUAGCAGGAAAUAAAGGCCUUUGUGGUGGGAUCCUUCCGCCUUGCUCUGCAGCCUCACCCAUUAGAGAAGAAAAUCAAAACCUCCGAACCAAACAUGUCCUUACAGGUUGGGCAAUAGGGGUUGCAGCUGUUUUAGCAGUAGGGAUUGCAAUCUUAGGGGGCAACAUUAUGUACAAAAGGUGGUACGCGAAUGGCACAUGCUUUGAGAGAUAUGAUGAUGCAGGCAAUGGGGCAUGGCCUUGGAGGCUAAUGGCCUUCCAAAGACUCGGGUUCACCAGCAAUGACAUACUCUCCUGCAUCAAGGAGUCCAAUGUCAUAGGAAUGGGAGCCACAGGAAUAGUCUACAAGGCUGAGGUACCUCGGCUGAACAUGGUUGUGGCAGUCAAGAAGCUGUGGAAAGCAAAGACUGACAUUGAGGCAGGGAGCGCGGGUGAUGAUCUUGUAGGGGAAGUGAACCUUCUAGGGAAGUUAAGACAUAGAAAUAUUGUCAGAUUAUUAGGGUUUCUUCAUACUGAUAAAGAUGCUAUGAUUUUAUAUGAGUACAUGCAUAACGGAAACCUUGGAGAUGCUUUGCAUAAUAAACAAGAAGGAGGGUUGUUAGUAGAUUGGGUGUCAAGAUAUAACAUUGCAGUUGGAGUUGCUCAAGGACUUGCCUAUCUUCAUCAUGAUUGUCAUCCACCAGUCAUACACCGAGAUGUUAAAUCGAACAAUAUAUUGCUUGAUGCCAACCUAGAUGCAAGGAUUGCUGAUUUUGGAUUGGCUAAGAUGAUGAUCAAAAACGACGAAACUGUCUCUAUGAUUGCUGGUUCUCAUGGUUACAUAGCCCCUGAGUAUGGAUACUCAUUAAAAGUAGAUGAGAAGAGUGACAUUUACAGCUAUGGGGUGGUACUAUUGGAGCUCAUAACCGGGAGGAGGCCGAUAGACAAAGAAUUCGGAGAGUCAAUAGAUGUUGUAGAGUGGAUAAGAAACAAACCAAGAAACAACAGGUCAUUAGAAGAAGUGCUUGAUCCUACCCUAGCAGGUAACUGUAAACAUGUACAAGAAGAGAUGCUGUUAGUGCUUAAAAUCGCGCUCCUUUGCACCGCAAAGGUACCUAAAGACCGUCCCUCAAUGAGAGAUGUGAUCACAAUGCUAGGUGAAGCAAAGCCUAGGAGGAAAAGCAGCAGUAAUAGUUUAACUACAGCUAACAUAGACAAGGAUAAACCUAUUUUUACUGCUUCUCCUGUAAAUGGCAGCAUAUAGCCUACAUCCGAAUGAGACCGAAAUCUUGUCUCUCUAGGAUUAACUAAGUUAUCCUGCAUAUUCUUAGUUGUAACUUUGUAUGUAGCAACUUUUUUUGUCCACUUUAAAUUAUAUUUUACUUUAUGUUAUAUUUUGUAAUCAGAUUGAAGUUGGUGUUCAAUAGAUCAAAAUCAAAAGAGGGGGGUAUAGAUAAAAAUUCUUCAAAAGAUAGAAUUCUCCUUCAAUAUUGUACCCUUUAUUGUAGAUUAUUACAAAGGAAGU